AUGUCGUUAGUUGCAUAUGGAAGCAGCGGCGAAGAAAGUGACUCGAGCGAUUCGGAGGAGGUUCAAAGCUCUCGUGUUUCUAAAGAACUGAUAAUUACAAAUAAUGAUGGCCAGGAAGAUGGGGAAAAGCUUACCUCCACUGGAGAAGGAAGAGAAGAGGAGAAUAAAACGGGUUUAGUUCUGCCGUCGCCCAAACAACUCAGUGAAACUUCAAAUUCUGUCAAAAGCAAGGGAAGCUUUAGCUUAUCAUCGUUUCUUCCUAAGCCCAAAAACAUCAGCAAUCGUGAGAAGGAGAGCACAGAUACUUCAGAUGAAAAACCUUCAAUCAGCUCAUCAGCGAUGAUGGAUGAUGAAGAGGAGAUUUUAGAGAUCGAAGAAGACUAUGAGCCUAUUGUAAAACGAACCAAAAAGAUUCAAUCAACUGAAAUUGAGGAUAAGCCAAAGUCUGUUGGAAGUUUGUUUUCUCUUCUCCCUUCUCCCUGGCAAGCUGAAAACUCUUGGUUAAAAUCUGCUAACCCUAAAGUAAAGGCAAAGAGUAAACAGACUACGUCUGAAGAGAGAGGUUCCAAACAACCUGUCAAAAUUGCUAUUCCCAUUGCCCCAAAGGUAAGACAAACAGAGAUUGCAAGUAGUGUUUAACGGGGUAUUAACAAUGAUACUACUAUGAUUUCAUACCAGCUUGAUCUUAUCUGGGUUCUUUUGGCUCUGUAUUUGCUUACACAAUUCCAGCAGAAAUGCUAGUAUCACUGCAGCCAUGCUGGGACAAGUUCAUUUUAUUCCCCACUUCCUUGCGAAGUUGAGAUUAGUAAGUUUUUCGUCGCAGUAUGGAAAGUUUUACUGGUAUCAUGCAAAUGCAGGGAAUGACUCAUUGUACAAUGAAUUUAGACCCCUGACGGACUGUUUUGGUGACCACAUGCAUGAAGAUAUUUUUAUCAUUAGAUGAUGCCUGGAUAAUGCCCUAAGUGACCUCUGAUAAAAUGCUAGGCUCUUCUUUCCAUCACCUUGUAUACAUGUAUAUAUACACACUUGAUAAUCAAAAGAGAAUUUGUAAUUAGAUCAGAAGUUACUUGGGACCUUGAUUUUGUGCACCCCUUCAUUUAAUCCAAUGAAGUUGGAAAGUCGCUGCAGAUUUGAUCUGGUAUAACAGAUGAUGUAGACUGCAAAACAGUCCUUAUUUUUGCGUAUUCAAGUAAGCGCGAGCAGUCAAACAAAAGGUCUGGAACGAGGCUGAAAACAGAGAGUGAGACUGGGGAGAGACGCUAAAAAUACUACUACUACUACUACUACUACUACUACUACUACUACUACUACUACUACUACUACUACUACUACUACUACUACUAAUAAUAAUAAUAAUGAAGGUCGAGGUAAGUGUUAUCAGCCGAGCUGAAGGCCGAGGCUGAUAACACUUACCGAGACCUUCAUUAUACCAGAUAUCACAAAAACCUUAUCCAACAAUGAUAUUGUUUAUUGACCUUUAUUAUUCAUUGUUGGAAAUCAUGCAUUGUGCGUGCAACCAAUAGAUUAGUUAGUUAUCUGCUAGUGCUGAUUUCCAAACUUAACUGUAGCCAAUGAGAAGAUAGAUAUACCUAAUUGCACGCGAAAAGAGAUAAUAAUUACUUCAAGAGAUAGUUAAACUUUCUAUUUUCCUUUGUGUUUUUAAAUUAUUUACAAGUUGUGUACAGUUAAGGGGUAUUCCAUUUAUUGUACAACAAUAUACAUACUUUUUAAUAAACAGGAUGAGUAGAUCUAGUCAGCUUCUGAGGUUAUCAUUUAUAGGACCAGGGAUAUAGUUCCACGUGGCAAAAUGGAAAAUAUUUCAACUUACAAUGCAACAAUAAGAAUUUAAUAAUGGCUAUUUUUACUUUGAUUAUCAGACUGAUUCAGAUGAUGAAGAUGAUAGUCCUGCUGCAAAGAAAAUCAUACCAUCAAAGGUAACGCACUUUAAAUGAAUGACUAGUGUUCGUGGAUUCCAGGGGGAGAUUUAAAGUUCCAAGUGGAGAGAUAAAUUUUUGUCACUUUUUGUUAACUUCAAUACCCUUUAAGUCCCAAUAGUGACCCAGGGAGAGGGUUUUCAAUAAGAGCUGGUGGCUGGCAAAAUUCACCUGGCUAUUUCACGUGAAAUCACCGCCUAUUUUUCUAUGGAAAUUAUCCCAGUUUAAAUACAGUAUUUAUGACAGUGCUGUCACUGGAUAAAAAAGCUAAAAUUUAAUGAUGUCUGUGUUCCAUUCAAACACUUUAAUUUUUGCUCCAGAAUGCUAAAAAUGCAUUCUAAGAGGCCCAGAUUUUAAAAUUUUUCCAGAAACUCAUGCCUUCAGCACUCACAAGUCGUGCCUUUGUGGCAAGUUUUUUCUUUCUCUGCAUACUCCAGAGCUUUUGCCACCUACUUAAAGUCUUAUUGAAAACCCUGGUGACCAACAUCAAUUUUCUCCUAACAACAUCAGUAAAUCAUCAGAGAGGAAAGGUUAUGAGAAUAAUAAUAAAAAUAUGAUCAGCAUUAACAAAAAUGCUAGGAAAUGCAUGAAGAUCAGUUUGGAGAAAUUAUAUGAUUGUGGAUAUUGGGGAAUUACUACAUGUAUACAUUUUAUGUUUGUUUAUUUUUAGGAAGGAUCUGGUCUUAAGUCACUUCUUCCUAAACCAAAGCACAGCAUCACAAUGAAAGCUGAUAACCCAAACAAGCCCUCAGUGAAAUUAGCCAGUAGACCUUUGAUACCUCAUACACUCACUAAGAAAGCAAAAGCUGCAGAGAAAAUGCCGCAGAAAACAGCUAAGGUGUUAAACCAGGUAGAAGGUGCUAUAAGUGAUGAUGAAGAUGAACCAGUUAGUUUCUUUACAUUCAGUGAUAAAACUGAGAGCUUAAUAGAUGAAAAGACUGAAACCAUCCAAAGUCAAGAUGCUAAGAGCAGCUCUGCUUUAAAGGUUCAUGAGCCAGUUCAAGAAAUUUCAAAUCAGGCUGUGACCUCAUUUUCGGUUGGCGAGGUGCCCUCUACUUCACCUACAUUUCAAGGCAGUGCCGGUUUGACUGAGUCAAAGCAGCAAGUGAUGGAGGUGCCUAGUUCACAAGUAGAUUUUGGAAGUGGAGAAAGCUUCAGUUCAGGGGAAUUAGAGACAAAGACUUACUAUUAUGAACAACAACCUGCACAGAAUCAGCAGUAUCCAGGCUAUUCUGCUAAUGAUUAUGUAAGUAUUAGGUGACAUACAUUUAAUGCGCCAUCUCUAAUAAUAAAUAACAGGGUUCCUUUUAUUCCACUCCUCCCCAACCCCCAUAUGUCCAAGUUUGUACCCAGCUGCAAAAUUGCAAAAAAUUGGAGAAAUUGCAAAAUUUGCUAAAAUGAAUAAUAAUCCAAGUGUUAGAAGAAGGAGAAGGGUGCUCAGCAAAAACUGCAAUUUUUUCAAAAAUUUCAAAAAAUUGAGGAAAUCGCAAAAUUUGCUAAAAUUAAUAUAUUCAUGUGUUAGAGGAGGUAGAAGGGUGCAAGACAAAAGCUGCGAUUUCAUUAAUGUGACAAAGAAGUGCGAAAAAUCGCAAGUAACCUGAAAAAUCGUCAGACUUGGGAUUUUUCGCAAUUUUCGCAACUGGCUUUCAAAAAAUCGCCAACCUUGCGAUUUUUUCAAGAUGUGAAUUUCAAGUUCUAUAUUAAGGUUGUCCACACCAUAGCUAGUAGAGGAAUACUACUAACUAUGUCUAUACCAAGACAGAAUCCAUCUCAAUGCAUGUACAUAUAUAACCGAAAUGUGGAAGGUUUGUUACAAUAAGGCUAGAGUUUCUCAAAGUCCUUCCGUUCUCAUUUCCGGUUCCGGUCCUCCGACUCGCUUUUGCCACAGAAAACAUAAAAAAUCUACCGCUCGCGCUUCACGCUCGUGAAAAGAAUUGAGCUUUACUUUUAGGCAAGUCUACAAUAAGGUUUAAAGCCAUUAAAAGGCUGGUUAACACGGUUGAUGCAAAGCGAACUAAAAAGAAAACACAAACAAACCCACAUAUGAACUACAUGUUUGUCAACAUAAAUUCAAGCACCAACAUGGCACUAGCUAUCUGGGGAUGCUCAGAUGUGCAAGGUUAUCCUGCUCGGCCAAGUGCUCGGGUUUAUGUUGGACAUGAAACAUCCCUCAUUCUAGGCUUGAUUACCUGCCGUUGUUCGGGGAAAGAGCCCGCAUUCCUUCUCGGGGAGGAGGAGGAUCGGACUCGAGAAUUUGGCAGAAAUGAAGCCUAUCCGUGCAAUAUCUUUUCACUUGUCAACCAGCCUGGGAACAAUGAUGUCACAUUUACAAAAUUUUCAACUCCUUUUUUCCAGCAAUAUUACAGCCACAACACUGGUUAUUAUGGCCAAGAAUCAGAAGCCUAUACAUACACUUACCCCACAGGCACCCCAGCACAGGAGCAAACCCAGUUGCAAGAAACAAAUAAUAUUGAUCUAGAAAAGGUCAUGGUAUAUAUUGAAUGUUGUGUUAUGUUGUUGUUUAAAUUUUGUUGGCAUUUUUCCUUGUUGCUAGCCUGCAUGUAGUUGUCUUCCUAGUCAUUCUUUAGAAGUAGGAGUAGUCUCUAAUCCACGGGCUAUUAGGGAGUUUAAGCAACGGCGUUUUUGAGCCACGAACAUCAACCGGAAGUGGACUUUUUGCACUCCUCGGCCGUGAUUUUAAAUAAAUUCUUGGGCAAAUUGUCUCUGUAUGAGUAAAGACAAUACAAAUUUGGUAGCAUCAGGGUAUAUUAAAAGAGAAAAAGGAUCACUUCCGGUCAACCUGCAUCGCUCCAAAACGUCGCUGCUUAAACUCCCUAUUAUUUUGUUUCAAACGUUGUUUUCACUAACUCAGUCAUAAUUUUUAUAACAAUUUAUUGUAUGAUUUUCUUAGUUACACAAACUCAAAGGGAAGAGAAAUCGCCACGAGGAAAUUAACAUUGUUGAUGUUAAUGCUGACGAUCAGAUUGGCAACUCUGCUGAAAUGGUGGCGAAAUAUGGCACAGAGGAAGUAGCCCAUCGACCUUCACGGGUAAAGGGUUGUUUAUAUAUAUCCUGAUUUAGCUCGGCAUUACUUUAUUUGUACACAUACCGUAAAAUUCCGAAAAUAAGCCCCGGGGCUUAUAUUUUUCAAAGCCCCUUUUUGAGGGGCUUAUUUUUGGAGGGGCUUAUAUUCGGAGGGGCUUAUCUACGGAGGGGAUUGGGCUAGCCUUACAGUUGGAAUGAAAUUUACCAUUUUUGCUUUGUUUUACUUUGUAUUUGAGGGCAAUUUCCAAGUACAAGCCGCCCGGGGGGCUUAUAUUUGGAGGGGCGAUUUAACGGAGGGUUUUUUGCAGUAUGAGUUUGGGGGGCUUAUAUUUACAUACGUACUUUAUUGUUACCUCACCAAAGGGGCUUUUCAGAAUUUGGAGGGGCUUAUACAUGGAGGGGCUUAUUUCCGGAAUUUUAUAGUAGUUUGACUGUUUCAUGUAAUGAUUCGAUAGGUGGGGAGUCCUAAUAACUCGACGGACGUCUCUAUUUAUAAGAAAGGUCUUCCACUGUUUGCACAAGGGUAUAAGUUCAAAGUAUAAUUAUGAAAUUGCUCCACUUCAUUUAAUGUUAAAGUAGCUAUGUCACGCUAUUUGUUAUCUUUUUGAAGAGCUAAAAUGUGUCUCCACAUCAGUUGAAUUCUAAAAAUAAUGGUCUGGUUUCGUUAUUUAAGACUAUUUGUAGGCAUUGAAACUGUUUCCUGUCGUCCGUUGCCACGGAUAGCAAGGAUGGACAUGGAUUGAAACUUGAAAAAGUUGAGCCAACUUUUUCAAGUUUUAAUUCUAUGCCAGCAAAAAUCGCCCAAAAAGAUUAUGAGUAUUAUGGUCUGGGUAGUGCCCAUUGAUGAGAUUUGUUUGAUAUCUUCUUCACAACUUUACUGGAGAAUUUCGUGUAUGGGCACAGGCGGCCCAAGCUCAGUGUGAGAGUUUAAUCAUUAAUACCUGUGGUUUCGUAUUGAGUACUCCUUAAAAUGGCCGUCCGUGAGCAUAAAGGAUUUUGGGAAUUCAGGUAAAAGAUUCCUUAAAAUGGGAUGAACAUAAAGGGUUUGUAUGGGAAUUCAGGUAAAAGAUUCAAGAAUACAGAUACUCGCUAGAAUUUUCCAUAAAAUACACCUUACCUUAGUUAUUCUACUUGUUUUUGCUUGCUGUGCGGUUAUUUUCCCGAUCUAUUGCGAUUUAAGCGAUUUUCCGUUAACCCCGAGUAACAACGCAGCAAGCAAAAACAAGUAAAGUAAAUAAGGUGUAUUUUAUUGAAAAUUUUAGAGAGUAUUUAUAUUCUUGAAUCUUUUACCUGAAUUCACAUACAAAUCCUUUAUGUUCACGGCCAUUUUAAGGAGUACUCAAUAUGAAACCACCUGUAUUAAUGAUUAAACUCUAAAACUGAGCUUGGGCAGCCUGUGGUAUGGGUAAGGGCACUAAGUAAUGACUCCAAUACAGAAUUGACCUAGACAACAAUAUUGACAGCAAUAUUGACAGCAAUAUGCUGUUGACAUAUCCCCAUACCGGUAAAUCUGUCUAACGAAUGUGAAUGAUAUUUUAUUGCAGAAAAAGAAGGACAUGCCUACAGCUCAACAGAGGAGAAAGCAUCAAAUAACUUACCUAGCCUAUCAGGUAAGUCGCGUUUGCCACGUGGAGGGUAAAUUUCAGGACAAACAUUCAUUAAUUUUUACUUCCAUUAAAUCCUGUCUUCUUUAUAAUUACAACCGUCGUUGAAAAUAAAUCCAACGAUCUGGACGAUAGCGAUUGUAAAUAUCAAGUCGAUGAUCGCCGCUUUUGCUAUGAUUGUUGUAGAGCUGCUGUACGUCAUAAUCCCCACCGCUCACCGAAUUUUCUUUUCAACGAUCAUAUGGAAACCAGGCUUUACAAGGAUCAAGAGAGGCCCUUGCCCUACACUUUUUUGGCAAUUCAGGCGAAAAAAUUGAAUAUUAAAUACACACAAGGAUGCAAGCUACUAUAACACAAUUUCUUAUCAUCCCCUGUUAUUCUCGAACAGGUCCUUGUUAGUCAACUAAUGGGGAACCCCAUUACUACGACCAAAUGACCGAAUGUUUUUUUGUGCCCCAGUUAUUCCUCGCUGACAUUGUCGUAUGAGACACUGAAAAAACCAUGAAACUGUUUCCUUUCAAAGUCCCUAAGCAGGGGAUAGCAGUGUAGUGUUUGCGAGAAACUAACUUUGUUUUCUUUUUAAUCCCAGGCUAAAGAAAGGGAGUUCGAGCUACGACAACAGUGGUCUGCCAAUCGACAAACACGGAGACAGACUCAGUCAAAGUAUGGGUUUUGA